UUUAUCGCCCGCUCUGGUAUUACUCUCUCUCUCUCUCUAGCAGAGUAGCAGCACUGAGCUCAGCGGCAGUAAAGAUGUUGAGUUUGCAGCAGGCAUUUCCAAUUGCCGACGCCUCUCACGUGCCCUUUCCCCCCUUACGUGCCAUCCCUUCGUCACUCCAUCUCCACCGCCGGUCAGUCUCUUUUCCGACCACGCGGCCACGUGUCCGAUCAUUCCCCACCUUCCGGAAAUGCACCACUUGUCUCGCAUUCGAUUUCAAAAGUGGCAAGGGAAUGAGUGGGUUUCAUGAUGUUGAGCUCAAAGUCCGCGAUUACGAGCUUGAUCAAUAUGGUGUUGUUAACAAUGCUGUCUUUGCAAGUUACUGCCAGCACGGUCGUCAUGAACUUCUGGAAAGGGUUGGCAUGAGCGCUGAUGCGGUUGCCCGUACUGGUGAUGCACUAGCAUUGUCAGAAUUGUCUCUCAAAUUCAUUGCGCCUCUAAGAAGUGGAGACAAGUUUGUCAUAAAGGUGAGGGUGGCCAACUCUUCAGCUGCUCGCUUGUAUUUUGAUCACUUUAUUUUCAAGCUGCCAAAUCUAGAGCCUAUCUUGGAAGCAAAGGCCACUGCAGUGUGGCUUGAUAAAAACUAUCGCCCUAUCCGUAUUCCGCCGGAGGUGAGAUCUAAACUUGUUCAAUUUCUUCGCCGUGAGGAGUCUAACUGAUUAUCCUGCAAUAUGGAGUUGGUGGGAAAGUCUUCAUUACCAAAGCUGGAGAAUGGGGAGGAUACAGGUAUCUUAAUUUCCGCUGGUACCAGGAAAAUGGAGGAAGGAAAAAUUAUUUUAGUCACAGAUUACACUAACAAAAGAAUAUUGUUAAAGUUAAAUAUACAAGUAAUUCGUUAUGUAUGUGAGACUGAUAAUUGUUGCAAUAACUUUCAAGAAAGAUACAAAAUUCAUGAUAUCAUAAACUAGAGGAAAGAGACACCAAAGGAUCUCUCAUUUUCUGGACUUA